AUGGUCGCCGUCACUGCUCUUCUUGCCAUUCUCGCCACAGUCUCGGCGGCACACGGCCUCAGUAGGCGGCAAGACAUACCUGCGCCCACCUCGCCACAGGUGUCUGGCAAGCUGCGCUCGAUGCUCGGUGGCUGCCUUGCACCCGCAAACGGCACACUAGUUCGGCAGCCAUGCAAGACGGCGCCGAAGGCGACGUUCAACGACGACAGCGGCGAGCUGAAGUUCGGUGAUCUGCGCGCCACAGUCAGGAUCGUCGGCGUAGGGAUUCCCGUCACGCUCUCCCUCCUCGAAGCCGAGCCCUUUGAGCGCUACGACGGCUUUGGCGGCGGCGGGGUCGCGCCCAACCCCUAUUACGCGCACACUAUUAGGGCUAAAGACUCGUCGCUGUGUCUCGAUGCGAGGGACACCGAGGUGGUCCUACAUGAGUGCCAGCGGUACAGCGAAGCGCAAAUGGUGCGGUUCAGGUAA